UGUGAUAUUUUUUCAUUCGGUGAAACCAUUUAUUUGUGGAGUCAAACUUGUGAUUUUCUAAAACCAAUAAAACCAUGUCCUCUGCGCGAAAAUCGGAUUCGGUAAACGUGUCAGACAUUCUGCGGCAACGAUUGCGCAACAAUCGGUCCAAGGCCCGGGAGCAACUGCUGCCGCCUCCAACGCCUGGCAAAGCACCGGUGCCGGUCGGUACCCCGGAGGGUUCGAAAAGUGCAAUCGCGAGUGAGAGUGUGGCCGGUGUUAAGGCCAAGUUGGGCCUUAUCGAUACCUGCUUUCCGGAGUGCGAAACACCCGCGGCGUUCGAAGAAAUCACCAGCUUUCCGGAUACGUACGGUCGACUGAGCUCAAAGGAGAAACUAGUGUUACUGUUUGCGGAGAAUUUUCGCCGCCAGUACAAGGAGAAGUUUCCGCAGCGGAAACCUCCGAUAUUGGCACUUCCGAACGAGUGCGGCGUGCAGAAGUUUGUAUGCACCACGUUGCGUCCGUCGAUUUUUCUCUUCCCGGACCUGAUUGGGUCGUGGGAGGAAAUCGCCUCGUUCGUGGCCGAUUACAUCGUGUACGAGCCGCUGAAGGAUCAGGUUAAUAUGCCCACCCGUCUCCUCUCGCCGGAUACCGUCCUCCGGCGACGCAAGGCAAACAGUUUCGAGCUGGCCACCCUUCUGUGCAGCUAUUUGAUAGGAAAUGGAUUUGCAGCGUGCGUGGUGUCCGGUUACGCUACGCGGGAGAUCGUCAACAACGACCAGCGCCGAGUCGCCUGCCCCUACAUACCCUGCCAGACCCAGGAAACCAAAGACGAGGAGGUGAUCGAACCAUGCAAAUAUCAAUUAACAAGCCCGCCGGAUUUACGCAGUCGCUAUCUGUUGGAGCUGGAAGAGGAGAAGGCUGCCAAAAUUAAACAAGAGGAACUCAAACGGGAGGAAGUAGCGCUCAAAGAGCUAGAGGAUUUGGAGCGACCCGUAGAGGACACCAAACGGGGUCACAGAAUUCACGCAUGGGUAGUCGUUCUUCGAAACGCUCCCUGGUGCUACAAACCGGGCUAUCGUGAAACUACCAUCGAUCCGAACACCGGUGAGAAAGUGCUGAUGCCGCCGAGUGCAUUCUUCAUCGAACCGGCCUCCGGGUUCCGCUUCGAGGUUGAUACGUCCUGCUAUCUUGGCAUCGAGAGCGUCUGGAACCAACACAACUACUACGUCAACAAGCAGGAGCCCAUUACCGAUAUCAAGAACUUGCGAUGGGAUUUCAAGGCUACCAAAGACUGGGAGCACUUGCUACCCGGAGAACCCUAUGAACUGCGGGAGGAUUGUACCGUCCCCGAGGACCAAGAGCCUCUAACCACCGAGGAGGAGUUGGAGAAGGAGAAACAUCUGGAUUUGCCGAGCUCAUGGGUUGGUCCGUUGUCCAUCUCGAUGGCCGACUUCGAGAAGCGGUUCCCCGAUGGGAGCAAAGUGAUCUACUUCAAGCGUGCGAUCUACGAACGCUUUGCACCCUACUCCAACAUGGUGGGGCUGAUCAAACGCUUGACACUGCACGAAACGCUGGACUACGAGAAUCCUACCACACGCUGGGAGUGGUACAUUAAUCGGGACGACUCACUGACCAUGAUCAUUCACGAGUACGCGCAGGGAGACAUGGAGGAGGUUUUCGCCAGCGGGAGACACGAUUCGCUGAAAACGUUGCGCAGAAGUAACGUGGCGGAUAAGGAGUGCCGCCUGACGUUCUUCCACCAGUAUCGGUUUGACUCACUCAAGGAACUGGUGUAUCAUCCGAGCUACGUCCAGGAGCACUACCACAAGCGGGAGGAUUUGCUGUUUUUCAGAGAAUUCAAGAAUAUCCCGAAGGAUUCCGUCACCAUGGAGGACUGCAAACUCACGCAAAUAACGGAAAAGUUUGACCGAAAUCCGGACAAGCCGGCGGUUCGUGACAUCGCUACCAGGACGUGUUUCAUCGAUGAAAACCGAAUCCUGCUGAAGUUCCACUAUGGCGAGGAUUGUAUCACCGCUUCGACGCGUGAAUUCAUCAAACCGCCGAAGUCGGAAAUGGGCGAAGAGGUGCCGUACGAUCCGAACUGCAGCACGGGUUACAUUUCCAACCCGUGGGAGCCGCAGCCCACCCAGCUGGAACUGUUUCUUCUACUGAAGGAGCAGCUGAAAGCGGAGGACAAUUCAACGCGUGCUUUCUACCGCAGGGUGUGGGAAAUUGAAACACUUCUCGUCGAGCGCAAAAAGCAACUCGAGUCCCCCAAGCUAUCCUUCAGUCUGUUCGAUCCCCUGCGCAACGAGGAAGCCCGCCGCGUUCGACUGGAGAGAUACGAACUGAUCCGUGCCCGCGAGGAGCUUCUCAACCAAGAGCACGCCGAUUUCCUAGCGCCCUAUUUGCUCCGGCUGCAGGAAGCUUCCUGCUCACCCGAGCAGCUGAUGACUGCCUAUCAACACUGCCAGGAGGAUCUGCGAAAGUUCUAUCAGAAGCUUGAGCAGGAACUCAAGGCCCGGCUGGAUGAGCUGGUGUCGGAGGAGCAGUCGCUCAAACGCUUCCUUGCCAAGUUCCAGGAGCACUUCGAGGAUGAGGAGUACGAGAAGUUUGUCCUGGAGGGGGAAAACAUCGAGCUGAACAAGAAUGUGGUCCAGAUGAGGAUGGAGAAUCUGCGCGAUGAGUACCAGCAGAAAGUGGACUAUUUGGAGAAGGCACUUCGGGAGGAUGACAGAUUGGGGGGCCGAUCCGCUACGACGAGUGUUGAGCCGAUCUCUCAACUGUCCGGGGUAAAAUUUACGUAG